AUGCGUCCGCCGGGGCCGACGGUCCCCUCUGCCGCUUCCUCGUCCUCCUACAGCCAGCGCGAGCCCCGCCCGGAGAACCCUCUCCUCCUCCUCCCCUCCUCUCGCGUCACCAAGCUCUCGCUCGGUUGUCCCCUCCUCGACCGCCUCCUCUCCGGCGGCCUCCCCGCCGCCUCCGUUACCGAGAUAGCCGGCGAGUCCGCCACUGGCAAGACCCAGCUCUGCCUCCAGCUCGCCCUCCUCGCGCCCCAGUCCCCGCUCUCCGCCUCCUCCCUCUUCCUCUACUCCGACCUCCCAUUCCCCCUCCACCGCCUCCGCCGCCUCGCCCCCAAAUCCCGCCCCGAUAUCCUCGACCACGUCCUCGUCGCCGCCGCGCACUCCCCCACCGACCUCCUCUCCCUCCUCGCCCGCGCCCAGCGCCUGCUCGCCAACCCUGGCCGCUCCCCGCACCGCCUCCCCAUCCGCCUCAUCCUCCUCGACUCCGUCGCCUCCCUCUUCCGCGCCGACUUCGACGCAUCCCCCGCCGACCUCAGGCGCCGCUCCGCUCUCUUCUUCCAGAUCUCGGCGAAGCUCAAGGAGCUGGCGUACAGGCACCAGUGCGUGGUGGUGGUGACCAACCAGGUGAUGGACGUGGUGGAGGGGGACGCCGGGAACACCGUGGCGUGGUCGUCGGGGCGCCGUGUCAGCCCGGCGCUCGGGAUCGCCUGGGCUAACUGCGUCAACACGCGCCUGUUCCUGACGCGGGAGGUGGACGGGGAUGGCGCCAGCGGGGGCGCAAGGAGGCGGAUGAAAGUGGCGUUCGCGCCGCACCUGCCGGACCGGUCGUGCGAGUUUGUGAUACGGAGGGACGGCGUCUUUGGCGUCGAGCCGGCGGAGAGGUAG